GUUAGCAAGUCGGGAGAGAGGAGAGAGGGUGUGUGUGUGUGACAAUUUGGGAUUUGGGACCUCUGGCCCCAAAGAAAGAUAUAUCCAUAUAAUAUAACAACUCGAGAAUUUCUCUCUGAUGAGCCGAUCACCAUGGAUGCAUUCCUCUGAUAAUAAAUUCCCCUUCUAAGCUCAUCGUCUUCUGGGCUCUGCACAAACUAUUCGAAAGCUUCCAACUUUCCUAUCCUCUCCGCGUUGCUCAUCCUCAGCUGGGUCUGGAACUCGCCGCCUUCACUCACUACUUGUGGUGAGAAUGUCAACUCCUGCGAGGAAGAGAUUGAUGAGAGAUUUUAAAAGAUUGCAGCAAGACCCUCCUGCGGGCAUCAGUGGUGCUCCCCAGGACAAUAAUAUUAUGCUUUGGAAUGCAGUUAUAUUUGGGCCAGAUGACACCCCGUGGGAUGGAGGCACGUUUAAAUUGACACUUCAGUUCUCAGAAGAUUAUCCCAAUAAACCUCCCAUAGUACGCUUUGUUUCUCGCAUGUUCCAUCCAAACAUUUACGCGGAUGGGAGCAUAUGUUUGGAUAUUUUACAGAACCAGUGGAGCCCAAUUUAUGAUGUGGCUGCAAUACUUACUUCAAUCCAGUCGUUGCUAUGUGACCCAAACCCAAACUCUCCAGCAAAUUCAGAGGCGGCUCGGAUGUUUAGUGAAAACAAGCGUGAUUACAACAGAAAAGUGCGUGAGAUUGUUGAGCAGAGUUGGACUGCUGAUUGAAUGAUCCCGACUCCAAGGCUUGUAUGGCAUUUAAAUGGUUGUCAGAGGAUCUGAAAGAUCUGACUGAAUAACAGAGACUUAAAAAAAGAAUUAUUGUGUUUUGUAAACCCUGGUUUCUGAUCACUCUGUGUUUGCUCAAAACUUAUCAUGAAUUGUUGUUCCAUUCAUAAUCUCAAUAUCUAGGCACUGUGUUUCCUUA